AUGAGCUACUACUUUGCCAUCGUCGGCACCCAGGACAACCCGCUGUUCGAGUACGAGUUCGGCACCUCCAAGCAGGGCGGCGAUGGCCAGUCCCGCUUCACCGAGCAGGUGCGCCACCUGAACCAGUUCAUCCUGCACUCGAGCCUCGACAUUGCCGAGGAGGUGCAGUGGUCGCACGGCCAGAUGUACCUCAAGUGCAUCGACAAGUUCUUCAACAACUACAUCUCCUGCUUCGUCACCGGCGGCAACGUCAAGUUCCUGCUGCUGCACCAGCCCACGACCCCGACCUCGACGGCCUCGUCCCGAUCGUCGACCGCUAUUGGCGCCAACCCGACGAGCCCGGCCACCGAGGAGGCCAUCAAGAUGUUCUUCAUGGAGGUGUACGACAACUGGGUCAAGGCCAUCAUGAACCCUUUCUACAAGGCCAACAUGGAGGUGCGGAGUCCCAUCUUUAGAGCGAGGGUAGCGGCCGCUGGACGGAAAUACUUAUAG